AUGACAAGGGUCGGCGUGAUAUGGCUCGCUUUCUUAGCCCUUCUCAAUUUCUCUUUGCUCGUCCUGUCAUGCGAUACCGACGAUAACUGUAGCCUCAACGGCGUCUGCACGAAGUCUGGAUCGAAACGCUUCUGUAAAUGUGACCAUGGUUGGUGGGGAGACGACUGUGGCAGGCUUGAUCUCGCUCCGGCGACCAGAUGGACUGGUUACAAUUACACCAAUAUCACAAACCCGUCUUAUUAUCGCGCCUAUGGCAACUCGUCUUGGGGUGGUACAAUAAUCCAAGAUCGGAACGAACAAAAACUCUUUCAUCUUGUCAUCUCCCAAUUUGCUAAUGGCUGCGGCCUGAGCGGUUGGCGACCGCACAGCUUCGUCAUACGCGCCGAGUCGCGAACAGGACCUCAGGGUCCUUAUCAUUACGCACAGAACCUUACAGGGAGCUUUCGUCACAACCCAUACGUUGUUUGGAGUCCUGCCGACCAAAAGUAUCUUCUCUACACGAUAGGAGUUGAUGCCCCAGAGGCUACCCUAUCCUCUUGCAAGUCGGUGUCGAAGGACAAUUGGCCGAAUAAUAUUUCCGUCUCUGCUGCCGAUGACAUUCGAGGGCCAUGGAGCCCAUUCGAAGUUCUUGUCAAUGGAACAAAUCCAGCACCUUGGCCACUAUGGAGUCCAUGGGAUCGCUCCUCUGAAAUCAUUCUUGCCUCCGAGGACCUUAAGAUCCGCAUUGCUGAUCGAUAUGAUGGAGAUUAUGAACUUAUCAGCACUCCACCAUGGAAUACAUCUGAUUAUCAGCCCUAUUGGACCGAGGACCCGUUCCUAUGGCGCGACAAGCGCGGAAAUUGGCACGCGCUUAACCACUGGAUGAUUGACAUUGUAGAGAGCGGUAUAAAGUACUCUCGUGUUGGAGCGCAUAUGUAUGCGCGAUCAAUAACCGGUCCGUGGCACUUUAAGUUGCAAGAAGCUUUCAACUCAACAGUCAACUUCACCGAUGGUACUUUCCAGACCUUGAACAGGCGUGAGAGACCAAAGAUAUUCUUUGACGAUGAUAUGACUCCUUUGUACUUGAUCAAUGGCGUACAGGAUAUGAAUAUCACUUCUAAGAGCUACACGUUGAUUCAACCUAUUGGAACACGCUGGGAAAUAACCCCCCUCUCUGUCGCGGCUGGCCUCUUAGCCAUUGAUUUUGCAGCUGCGGGUCUAUGUCAUCCUUCCAGCUCAUCAUCUUCGGUGUCGGUCAUCUUGCCCUCAACACCUGUAUCUGCUGAUUCAUCCUCCUCUACCGCAUCGUUCUCCUCCACAUCGGAAUUCUCGACUGUAUCGGAAUCCUCUGUCACGUCUGAAUCAACUACCGUAUCAGAAUCAUCCACCACAUCAGAAACGUCUGCUACUUCGGAAACCUCUGCUACAUCAGCAUCCUCGACUACCUCAGAAGUCGCAACCUUCACGCCUAUUCCUCGAUUCAAUAUUGUUGGCAGUGCUCCUGUGGCCAACGACCCACUUCAAGCUCAAGCAGGAGCUGGGGCCUGGAUGCUUUUCGAGCCCACCAUACGCUUUCAACAGACUCUUACCUGGGCCUACGACGACGAGACCAACACUGUUACCGAAACUACCAGCGGCACAAAGAUGUGCAUAAUCUACAACUCGAAUUGGGCCAACCGAGGACCAGACACCAUCGAUGGACUUUUCGCUGUUACGACCUGCACCGAUGAUACCUUUUCCAAAUCAUAUGUCACUUGUCAUCAAACUGCUGAUCUCAAGCUUGUGUGCACUGCGCCAACUGGUCAAUGUACCUUAGUUCAGAGCGAAAUCUUUGGCCCUCACUAUACCUGUUCUCAGACUGACGUUGGCACUUACACACAAUUCUAUGUUGCGGAUGCAGGUGGCCUGGGGUACAUUCUAUACAUGGGCAGUGGUGAUUAUAGUGGAGCCACUGCCAUAGACUUAAACUUGCAAGCUGUGUAG